GCAGCGAGGUGGCGCGGGAUUGUCCGGAUAAUGUCCAUCCGGAAACGGCAGCCAAUGGCAUCGCCGCAUGGCACAGCGGCCAGAACCGAGCGAAAGAUCAGCGCGAUGGACAAGUUCAUUACGCGGUCGCCCAAGGCCUUCUUCGCCAAGAAGACGGUAGCGCUCGACCCAAAGGCGCUCUCGAAGAAGCAGCUCGGGAUCUUUGCCGCCAAGAUCGCCGAGGCGGGCGGCGUGGUCGUGGAGAUGGCACAGGCGGCGUCAGCCGACCUUGUCGUCGGUGCCGAGGGCCAUCCUGCGUCCGUCACAUGGCUCCAAGACUGCCUGGCGCAAAAGAAACUGCUUUCGCUCCCUCGCAAGCGGCCAUCUGACGAUGUAGCCGACGUCGAGCCCAUGGCCAAGAAGGCCAAAGCAGCAACGACCACGGCGUGCACGUGGGCCAAGGCCGGAUCGAUUCUCUGGUGCGCCAACGUAGCCACGCCAUCAACGACGACAAAGCGCCGCGUCAAGAUUGCAGCCUUUGAUAUGGACAGCACGCUUAUUACGACCAAGAGCGGCAAGACGUUUGCCGUCAACGACGACGACUGGAAGGUCUGGCACGAGUCGGUGCCCACGAAGCUCAAGUCGCUCGUCGAAGACGACGGGUUCCAGCUCGUCGUCUUCUCCAACCAAAGCGGCCUCUCCAAGGGCAAGGUUACUGAGAAAGGGCUCAAGGGCAAGAUCGAAGCGAUUGCAGAUAUGCUGGCGCUACCGCUGUGGUUCUUCCUCCUGCCCGAGAAUGACAUUAACCGCAAGCCGCGCACGGGGGCGUGGGACGUUAUGGUGUCAGAAUUCAACCUCGACGUCGACAUGACCAACAGUUUCUACUGUGGCGACGCUGCCGGGCGGCCCAAAGCGACGGGCAAAGCAAAAAAGGACUUUUCGGCCGGCGAUUACAAAUUUGCCCUCAACCUUGGCGUGCCCUUUUGGACACCCGAGCAGCUGUUCCUCAACUCCAAGCUGAGCCUCCACUGCGACCCGAAGCUUCGCGACCUCGGGUUCGAUCCCCGCUCGCUCUUCCAAGACGUCCAAGCCGUCGAUGCGACGUGCCGGCCCUCAGACGCGACCGAAAUGAUCGUGCUUGUCGGUAGCCCGGCCGCGGGCAAGAGCACGUUCUGCCGCACCUACUUUGGCGAGUACAUGCGCAUCAACCAAGACACGCUCAAGACGCCCGCCAAGUGCAAGCAGGCCGCGCUCGAGAGCCUUCGUGACGGCAAGAGCGUCGUGAUCGACAACACCAACCGCGACGUCAAGAGUCGAAAGAGCUGGAUCGAGAUGGCCACGGCGGAGGGGGUCUCGGUGCGCUGUUUUUACCUCGACCUACCCAAGCCGCUCGUCUUCCACCUCAACGCCUUUCGGGCGCUCAUGAAGCAGCUGCACCCAGACGCGGCCGAGCACAAGUCGGACGUGCCCGAUAUGGUGAUUCACGGCUUCUUCAAGAACCUUGUCCCGCCCUCGGUCGACGAAGGCUUUGCGUCCGUCGUGCACGUGCCGUUUUGCGCCGUGCCGUCGCCCGAGGACAAGCUAUUGACGUCGUUCCUACUCUAGUGCGACGGACGACACACCUCUCGCAAGAGAGCGGCUUCGGCGGCCAUGGUAUCGAGCGUACGGGGCACGCGGUCUUCGUCAAGGUCCAUGGUGCGCCGCUGGUCGUUCUUCUCGAGCUACACGAGCCAUUUAUGAAUCAAGGACUGCGAUGCGUC